AUGAGCGCCGCCGGCGAACAGCCGGUGGCCUCGCUGGCGGUGGCAGGCCAGCAGGCUGACCAGGCGGUGGCCUCUUCACCUGUACAGCCUACGAAACGACCGAAAACGCAAAGCGAUCAGGGCUUUUCUGGGGAGGGAACGAUGGCGGUGGACACAAACCAAAAGCAAGCGACGAUAGAGGCAGGCAACUUGGCGGCCAGUGUGACGGCGGAUACUGUGCAUGGAGAGUCAACCCUACCCGAAGGGAAGAGAGUGGAAGUUCCACAACAAGGCUCGGACCCUCAAAGCAAUAUACCUAUAUCAUACAAGGAUAAGGUUAUGGGAGCGACAACUGAGCCUCCGACUGAGAUUGAGGACGAAGACGAACAAGAUGCGAUGGAUAGUGAUACCGAAGGAGAACCGGACUGCCCUACAGUACGUUUUCCAAAGGGCUUCAACAGUCGUCGAGGUAAACGUUGGAGGCUCGCCCUUAUUGUGAGGGUAUUGGGACACUCGUUCCCAUUCUUGUUCAUUCAACGUCGACUCCAAACAAUGUGGGCAUGCACUGGACCUGUGUGA